AUGAGACGGAUGCUCAGCUUGGCCAAAAACUUGCAAAAGGUUCUGCCGAAUUCAGAGAUCUUACACCAGGAUGAUUUCGCGCCUAAUUCUGAAGAGAUUCCGAUCCAUCCCGUACAUGGAGUCCCGGAUUGGGAUGAUCCAAGAGGAGCUAUCGACUGGAUCCGGCUGAGGAAGACGAUUGAGCAAUUAAAAAACAAUCCGGAAGAACCCUUACCAACGACACACGAUAACUUGAACACCGCCGUCGAUCCAAUAGAGCUAAACACAGAGAAAUACGCGGAUUGGAUCGAGCGCAUCGCGGCCUUGAAACUUCCCAAACGAUUCAUUAUCUUGGAUGGUUUCUUGUUAUACUGGGAUCAACACUGUGUCGAGAAUUACGAUCUGAAGUUCUUUGUCAGAGAGUCUUAUGAAGUCUUGAAGGAGCGGCGUAGAAUCCGUCAAACGUAUCACACUGCUGAUGGAAUGACGUGGAAAGAUCCCCCUGGUUAUUGGGACCAAAUCAUCUGGCCAGCUUAUCUACUAGCCCAUCGUCACAUGUUCAAAGAGGGUGCAGUUGAGACAGCAGCACUCGAUCGAGACUCAUGGGCGGGCAAAGAUGUCGUCCUCCUUGAGCCCUCCAAAGGCGACCCCGGAGAGAAGACGAUAUCCCAGUUCCUAGAAACCACACUCAAGGCAAUCUGCGACCACCUUCAAAACUCGCCGCCUUCCUCACAACCUGCAUAA